CUUGUCCCUCCUCCCAUGCCCUUCUUUCUCUCUGACUUAUUUAACUGGCUCUUCUCUUGUUCCCUUCUUUCUCAACACCAUUAUCAACCAUCAUCCUAUUUCUCAUCACUUGUUUCAUUUCAUUUGAUAUCUCUUUUGUAUGUUCAGCUAUGACGACCGUUUGUGCUGACCAGCAUCAACAGAAACUCCAGCAUCUUCUUUCAUCAAAAGGUUCUACCAAACCCUUUAAGAAUAUUGAGGUUCCUCCCAGGAAACUUCUUCUCAACAGCAAGAAACUGAUGCACCAUCACCAUCAUCAAGAAAUCAAUAAUAUGUUUUUCCCUGAAGAAAUCAGCAGUCUUUAUAAGUUUUUGCCUUUCAACAAUACUGAUGCUGGUUCUGAUCCUGACUCUGAUUCGGAUCCUUAUGCCUCGGAUCACUUUCGGAUGUACGAGUUCAAGAUCCGUCGCUGUACUCGCAGCCGGAGCCAUGAUUGGACUGAUUGUCCUUUUGCUCAUCCUGGGGAGAAGGCUCGCCGCCGGGAUCCUCGCAGGUUUCAUUAUUCUGGAACUGUUUGUUCUGAGUUCCGUAAAGGAGGCGGGUGUAGCCGUGGAGAUGAUUGUGAGUUUGCUCAUGGAGUCUUUGAGUGCUGGCUCCAUCCAUCACGAUAUAGAACUGAAGCUUGCAAAGACGGCAAGAAUUGCAAACGAAAGGUGUGUUUUUUUGCUCACUCUACACGUCAGCUUCGCAUUUUGCCUGAGAUUUCAUCAUCUCCUAUGAACAAUCAUAAGAAUAAUCACUGUUGCACACUCUGCAAUCAUUCUGUCAAUUCCUCUCCAACUAGUACUUUAUUGUGUAUGUCUCAUUUGUCACGGUCACCGUCUCUGUCACCACCAUUGUCGCCGGUAAAUCAUAAAUUCUCACCCAUUUCGCGCUACACUGAUUGUUUGACAAAGUUUAGCAGUACUUCUGAUGCGGCCCUGAGUUACAAUGAUAUGCUUAAUGAGUUGAUGAGCUCUUUGGAUGCAAUGAAUUUUAAUGAAGUUUCUUCUCCUUUGUCUCUCCCUGGUGGUAGUAGCAUCAAUUAUACUGUUCCAUGGAUCGAUGCGAAUUCUUUUAAUAUUGACGAUCAACAACAAUUUGUUCUUUCUCCUUCAACUCCAAUCCCAUCAGGGUCAAUGAAUCCUUUUGGAGGUGAUUCUUCAAACAAAUGUUUGGUUGAUGAUCAGAAGAUCAAUGACAUCAAUGGCGGGCAGCUGGGUUGUCCCGAUCCCGAUCUGGGUUGGGUGAAUGAGCUCUUGAUGUAGAAGAAGAAGAUAUGUGUACAUACACAGCCUGCACCAGCCCCGUGUGUGUGUGUAUAUAUAUAUAUAUAUAUAUAUAUAUAUAUAAAACAUUAUAUACAUGUGAUUUGGUGUGUAUUAUUAUUGUUAUUAUUGGUUUUCCAGUGCUUCACUUCCUCGUUAAUGUCUUUUUUCACGAGUAUUCCUGUUGUUUAAACCUAUCUAGUCGACAGUGGAGCGAGAUUUGUUAUCUUUGUUUCAUGUACUGACUUUUCUUUAGCAUUUUGUUGGUUUGUUGUUUGUUUCAAGUAUUGUCUUCUCACUGUCAAGUAGAGACAAAUUUGAUCUUUGUUUCAUGUACUGACUUGAACUGUAAGCAAGUUGUGAUAAUGAAGAAUCUAUUAUCUUUCUUAA